AUGGAAAACCAUACCGGCGCCCUGGCUGUCCCCGUCGGGGCGGAGUAUCUCAUGUAUCUUCGGCCCCUGGUCGUUGUUGGGGUCGCGAAUUAUGGUGAUUCUCACUCGGACGAGAAGUGGAAAAAGUUCGUGGCGGGAAAUGCGGCUGCGUGUGCGAAGGAUCUUGUUGGGAGGCUCCCUGCUCCUCAGUGA